ACAGCUGACGGCCGACACACGGCUGACAGAACAGAAAUGUCAAAUUGAACAUGGAAAGUGCAAAAGUCUGUGUAAAGUGUAAAUAAUAAUAAACUACAAAUCGUGUGCGAAGUGUUUAUUUAUUUGACUCAGAAUUACUAAACAUAGUUUUUCAAAAUGAAUUCAGAGCCUGUCGUAAUAGAGGAUGAUGAUCUUGAUAACGGCACUGUAGUCGUCAUUGAUGAUGAUGUAAAAAUAAUUGAAAAGAAACCUGCUUCACCUAUCGUAAUAGAUGAUGAUCCACAAGCAGAAUCAAAUGAAGUGACAUAUAAUAACAAUGCGGGGACUGAAACUAACAUAUUAUCAAAAAACGAUAGCGAUGCGGAAAGAACAUUUAGAGCCAAUCUUCGCAACAACAACUUAAUGGACAUAAUAAUACAAACAUGCAUGAAUAUGCCAAAUGGAGCUGGCAUGGAAAGAGUCAUUCAGAAAACGCUUGUACCUUUAUACAGAGACUCAAAUCCAAUAUUAAAACAGUCUAAAACGUUAACUAAACUCUUAAAAAAUAUGCAUAAAAUGUUGCUGAGGGAUCCCGACCACAAAUUCUUGCAUAUAAAGACAUUGUGUGAAGAGCUAAAGUCUGGGAGAAUGAGAAAGAAAGUGCCUUUUGUUACGUUGGCUACUAAUUUGAGAGAUAAUAACAAAUUUUCAGACUCAACAGAUACUCAGACUGACAUGUGGCAUACUGGACCAAGUGAAGAAACAAACACAUUUAAUACCGUAACAGAGGUAGAGGUAGUAGAAUGUGAAGAUGACAUCCAAGAAAAUCCCAAACCACAAAAGAGAAAAUAUAAUACAAGAAGUCGAAAAAGAAAAUCCAAAACGCUAACUGUAAAACGACGUAAAAAGAUAUCUAAUACUGAUAAUACAAAGACUGAUGUUAUAGAAUUAGACAAUUCUGAUAAUGAAAAUGAUAUCUUGAAUACAAGUGUAGAGGCAACUGGCUCCGUAGCAAAUGAAGAUUGUGAAAGAACAUCCCCUAAUCCUUCUACUGGAGAAGAUUCAAAUAAAGAAAAUAAUGUAAGCAACCAAGAAAACGAUAGUAAUGAAAAUGGGGCAGAAAAAGAACAUAAUGAAAGUAAAGUAGAAAAAGAAAGUAAUGGGAAUAAAAUGGAGAAAGAAAAUAAUCAAAACAAAUUAGAACAAGAAAACGACAAAUUUGUACAUAAAAUUAAUACACACUUUUACAUUCCCUUUAUUCCAAUAAUUCAAGAGCCACAACUUCCUGUAAAUAGUACUUCAAUACAGAAUCAAAUUCUUACCUUAAAUUCUUUGAUACAGAAUCCAGUUCCCAAAGACAAUGAAAUAUCCAAAACAGUAGCAGUCAUUGAAUAUAAUGCAUCUCAAAAUGAAAACAAUCUGCGUUUAGAAGAUGACAUUGAGGUAUUCAUACCACAAACUCAUAUUCAAAAUCAGUAUAAAGUAUCAGAUGAUACUCCUAAUAGUAUUAAUCUUACAGAAACAUGUAGCAAUAACAACACUGUAAUUAAUCAAUAUAAGGGUAGCACAGAAUUUGUAAGGGUUCAAGAUAUUUUAAUUCCUACAAAUCCCAGAGAAAAUGAAAUAGAUCAAGACCUUUUGGUUCCCAGAAACCUAAUGGAAAAUGAACUAGUUCAUGACCUUUUGGUUCCUGAAAACCCCAGAGAAAAUGGAACAGAACAGGACCAUUUAGUUCCUAAAAACCCCAAGGAAAAUGGAAUGGAACAGGACCAUUUGGUUCCUAAAAACCCCAGGGAAAAUGGAAUACAUCCGAAGCUCUUGGUUCCCAGAAACCAAACAGAAAAUGGAAUAGAUCAGGACCUUUUGGUUCCCAAAAACCAUGUAGAAAUGAUUGUCUCAGAUGAUAAGCCGUAUGACCCUAAGAUUGUAGCUUUUUAUGAACGUUGUAUUGCGUCAUAUAAGAAAGAAUUGGCAGAGUUAGAAGAACUAGAAGUGACUACUGAUAGUCCAAAAUUUUCACCUUAUGUCCUGUGUGGCAAGCUCAAAGAGAAAAUAGUGGAUACUUACAAAAAAAUAUGUGAAAUCAAAGGCAGUUCUGCGACAAUUGCGAAAAGGUGUGAGAUCAGGUUGAAUGUGGCAGAAGGCCAUCAUCCGGGACCAGCUAAACAACUAGAACGGUUUCUUAACAGUACCAUCGGUGAUGACGGCUUGGUAAAGUUCCCGGACUUUGAAGAAGUGCUACAAUGCGUGUAUACGUCAAACAGAGAGGAUAAUCUUGAUUGGAAUUCUAACCAAAUUUUUAAAGAAGCCUCAGCUUUAUUCGUCCAAUGCGGGCAAGCGCUACGUAAGCGCCGACAGAAGCGAGAGUACCAGGACCUCAUGAGCCUCUUGCGGGACAAGGAUAUAGAGGACGACGACCCGGCUGAGAAAGACCCACUGUUGCUCGCUAAACUUGAAGAAAAUAAACAAAUAGCCAAAUACAAGGAAAAUGAGAUUCUAAACAGAUUUGCAGCAAUGGAAAAUCUAAGGAACCCCGUCCAUGAAGGAAAUGGUACGGUAGUAUUUGAAUCUGAUAAUGAUUCUAGCGUUUCUGACGAAUGUGAAGACGAUAUACUAUCAAAUCAAAUUGAAAGAAACCGAAAUAAGCAAGACACUCCUAGCACCGUCACUGGCCAUGCUAAUGAUAAACUUAACAUAAAUUGUGAGAGACCUAUUUUAUUGGGAGGUGAUAGUGGAUGUUGCCAAACAAAUAAUAACAAUAGCGUUAUGAAUGCAUCUUCGUAUGAAAACAGUGCCUUAUUGAAUUAUUCAUCGCAAUCUAGUUUAGUGGACAAUAUAGCCCAAGAUUUAAUAAUCUUGAGAAAGAUCGAAUCUUCGUCACCAAUGUUAGAUAAUGUUGGAAACUCAUCACCUGAAUCUACUGAUGAUAAACACUUGCCACAGAAUACUGUUGAAAUCUUAGAUAUAAAUGUAACAGAUAACGAAGUCUGUAAAGAUAAUAAUAAUUGUAAAGUAGAUAACAUAGGUAAGGAAAAAAUUAGUAGAGAUAAUAUCAAAGAAGAAAAAGAAACUAUAAAAAUUAACUUCAGUGAACCAAUAGAUAGUAUUAGUUUUAUGCCAAAUUGUAAUAAUAAUUCUAGUACUAAUACUGAUUUUAUGGAAUCGAAUAUUAAAAUAGAAACUACUGUAAAACUAGAGCGGUUAGACAUUGAAGCAAUGUUAAAAGAGCGAGGUGAUAACUUUGAAUGUACUGUAUUUGAUAUUGAAGAUCCUUUCCUAGUCAUAGAAAUAUCUUCCGACGAAUAUUCAGAUGAGGACGACUUAUAAUUAAAGUAUUUGUUUUUAAAACUAACUUUUAUUUGCUUCGAAUCCUACAGCCCCG